ACAGAAGCCAAUCCCUCCGUUCCACAGCUCUCCGUGUUUUCCAGUCUGCCUCAGUCUCGUCCCACUCGCUCUCUCUCUCUCUGUCAGAGCGCGGCGUUGAAGCCACUGAUCAGCCCACUUCGUCGGGGUUUGUGUCUCCAUACAAGACUGCUGAAAAAAGACGCUCUUACUCUCGCCUUGUCUUUUAUUCGCAAGACAAGCUUUACGCGACGAAACAACAAGCACGAGAAGUAUAUAUUUAUUAAGGAAAAACUCUUUUCUAGACUCAUCACUGUCUCUCAUCUUCCUGCACAAUGUCUGGAGAGGACGCACCUGCCGAGCAGCAAAACGCCGUGGACCAGAAGCAGGAGACCAAACCCGUAGAGGAGCCCAAAGUUGAGGCGCCCAAGACGGAGCCCGCACCCGCCGCCGCCGCAGCAGCAGCAGCCGCCGCCACCGCCGACGACGAGGCGGCUGCUACGCCCGCGGCGACCACCGAGAAGGUCCCCGAAGAGGAGACGUUCACCUACCGCGCUCUGGUGCUCACCGGCUACGGGGGCUAUGAUAAAGUCAAGCUGCAGGUGAAGAAGGGCAAGCCUGCGCUCAAGGCUGGCGAGGUCCUGGUGCGGGUCAAGGCGUGCGGGCUGAACUUCGCAGACCUGAUGGCUCGGCAGGGGCUGUACGACCGGCUGCCGUCCCCGCCGGUCACCCCGGGAAUGGAGUGCUCUGGGGUGGUGGAGGCAGUAGGAGAAGAAGUGACGGACAGAAAAGUCGGCGAUAAGGUGAUGGUGAUCAACCGCUUUGGGCUGUGGCAGGAGGUGGCGGCGGUGCCGGCAACCCACACCUUCCUAAUCCCAGAGGGCAUGGGGUUCGAGGAGGCAGCAGCCCUGCCUGUGAACUACAUCACUGCCUACAUGAUGCUGUUCGACUUCGGCAACCUGAGGCCCAACCAGAGCGUCCUCAUUCACGCUGCUGCAGGUGGUGUGGGCAUUGCAGCCACUCAGCUGUGCAACACAGUGAAAGACGUGACCGUGUUCGGCACGGCAUCCGCCAGCAAGCACGAGACCAUCAGCCAGGGCGGAGUCACGCAUCCCAUUGACUAUCGCACCAAGGACUAUGUGGAAGAAGUACGCAAAAUCAGCCCGAAAGGGAUGGACAUAAUACUGGACCCACUCGGAGGAUCAGACACCCAUAAGGCCUACAACCUGCUGAAGCCAAUGGGCAAACUCAUCACCUAUGGUACAUCUAACAUGCUAGCUGGCCAGAAGAAGAACCUGCUCGCUGUGGCCAAGAACUGGUACCAUCAGUUCUCCAUCCACACACUCAGCCUGAUCCAGGGGAACAAGUCAGUGUGCGGUUUCCACCUGGGCUACCUGGACGGGGAGAUGGAGCUCAUCACCCAGGCCAUGAACAUCAUCCUGGAUCUCUACAAGCAGGGCAAGGUCAAGCCCCGCAUCGACUCCACUUGGCACCUUGAGCAGGUGGGCGAUGCCAUGAGAAAGAUGCAAGAGAGGAACAACAUCGGCAAAGUGAUCCUCACCACAGAGCCGAUGCCCGAGGAGGAGAAGAAGGAGGAGCCCAAGAAGGAGGACAAGAAAGAGGACAAGAAGAAGGACGAGAAGAAGAAGGAUGACAAGAAGAAGGACGAUGGCAAGAAGGAGGAGAAGAAGGACGACAAGAAGAAAGAGGAGCCCAAGAAGGAGGAGAAGAAGGAGGAGAAGAAGGAGGAGGAGAAGAAGGAAGAGCCAAACAAGGAAGAGAAGUGAGAGGGAGGGAUGGAUAGUCAAGCAGACCGGCAGGGAGUUUGUGUUCUGGGAGCAGAGGGUGGGUGGGGGGAGGGUGGAGAUGGAUGGGAUGGGAGGUUGGGGGUUGGAGUGUAAGCAAGGAUUGGAAGGAGUUAGAAGGGUAGAUUACAAAAUGAUCACACCACUGUCAAUCGAUCAUCUCUUCCACCUCCCCUCCACCUCACCCUUGCGAAUACACAAUGGCAGUAAUUACUCAGGCCUGGCUCCACCCACCUCCCUCCCAUCCUGCUUUCUUUAUCAAAAUAAAAAAAUGUCCAAUCACUUGUAACGCCUUGUAAAUGCCAAACGUAUCUCUCUGCCUCACAAGAAUUAGAAAGCAGCCGCAAAAACACUUGAAUAAUUUGUAUUAUUGGGAAUGAUGGCAACAAGAGAGCUGUGGAGGAUUGUGGGUAUGGUCCAGGCUUGGGGCAAAUUACUGUUUCCUUGACAACCAUAAUCUUUGCUCGCACUCCGGCCCCACCCUCGACCCCCAUGCCCCCCCCCCCCCCCCCCCCCCCCCACACACACACACCCACGCACACACCCCCACACACACACACACACCUCAACUCCCACUGUGCUAAAUUGAUCUGCUCUGACUUCCACCUGCCACCUCCUCCCCCACCCCCACUGUGCUGAGUCCCCCACCCCUCCCCACACCUCCUAUGCCGCCACCACGACCACCAACCCCCACCCUCACACCCAACCAUUAAUGGGUUGGACCCACAGACAGGCACAAACACAGGCCUGAUAAACGGAGAACCACACCCACCCACACGAUGCUUUCUUAGUGUCCACUGCUUAGUUAUGUCACGGAGGAUGAGUCAGAGAUGCCUGUGAUUGGCGGACGCACCCCAGCUUUCCUGGUGAUAUUUGCACCACGGUUUUGAUCAUGACGUGCGAUUGCUCACGUGUUCAUGCUACAAGCCCCAUCAUUGGUUAUCAUUUGAAUGGCCUUGGAUGCAUAUAUUGUAUCAGUCUCUAUCAGUAGAGAGAGACGGCUCCAAAAGCCAUGCGUUCCCACGGAAUUUCAGUGAAGUUAUUCUAGUGACUGCAGUUUUGCACUUGCCUGAAUAUGAAUUUCCCUCAUAAUGAGCCUUUAUGCGCGAUGCUGAAUAGGGAGGCAGAAAUCAUUGCUCAGCUUCCUUCUCCUUAGUUACAGAUUUUUCUAGCUGACCAACUGUUGGCAAGAAGUGCGCAGUGCCAAUUAAGAGAGAAUUUGUUUCUGCUCAAACAAGCCACAAAUACACACUCAUACACACUCUGAAUGUGAUGAAAGAGACACUGUCAUGCUGAGAGAGUGAAGCGUCUGAAAUGAGCAAGUUAAGAAGGUGAUUAUCAGGCCUUUUCUCCUCAGGAUCAGGCUUUCUUCCUCCCUGAUCCUCCUCGAGGCAUUCCAUGCUCUUUUCACAGCGACCAUUUGCCUGUCGAUCACCCUGACCUGAGAGAGGAGAAUUCAAUUCAAGCUGGCGUCCAUACUUCUCCUCCCCUGCUUGUCUCUACUCAACUCUCUCUCCCCCUCUCUCUUUCCAAUUCCCUCUCUAUGGUCGGCAUAGCAACAGGCGUCGAGCUCGUCAGAGAAGGCACUGUGGUCUGUUCCUCUGACUCUCUCUCCUCGUGUUUCUCUAUUCAGCCCGUAGACUUGAGCAGUAUUCAAACAGGUGUGAAUUGUGUUAAAUUAUACUUUUAGAUGGAAGGUUGUUAGUUUUGCACUCACAAAUUGAAAUCAAGUAUUGACAAUGUGUGAUGCCAAAAACAGCACACCGCUCCCCAUAGUGGCCAGUGUGUCUCACUGGUGUAACGUAAUUAAAGUAAAUCCUAAACCUUCAUAAUACAUCCCGUGGACUUUCAAUCGUUCAUGUAGGAGGAUGUCAACUUCAAACCAUAGACAGACAUCGACCUGCCUGCCUGUCUGUGAGCUUGGCCUCAGUGUUGAGACUCAGAUGGUGACUAGUGACUUUGUAAAAAACACAAAAGAAAAUGUAAAAAAAAAAAAGAAAAGACAAAAGUUGUUGUGUUAGCAUGAGUGGCCUCCCUCAUGUGCCGCGUGUGGUGUGCCAUUGUGUGUGAAGAUGUGUGUGUCCUCAGGUCGAUUGUCAGGUUUUAAAAGCACCCCCCCCCCCCCCUGUCACAUUUGCCCCUCACACUACUCUGCUACGGUAUGAUGUAGCCCCAACUGCAACCCUCCCUUCUUACUCUAUCUCUAGACCCUCCUUUCUGAUAAGAGGCCUGUGUUAUGAGGACAGUUGGUAUUAGUAUUUUGCACUCGCUGAUCUUAAUGCACUUACAGGCAUGCCAGUCGCACUCCAGUCCCACGCAGGCUUUGAUUCGGCUCCAGUUUUGCGGCCUGUUUGCCGUCAUCCACUCCCAGUGAAUCUGAUGUAGCUCACCGAAAGCACAGGUGGCACACACACACACACACACACGCACACAUGCACAUGAAACAGGUUCCCUCAUUUUCAGCUUGCCAGUCCCUGCCCAGGCCACUAAAAAUCAAAGCACUCACCAAUCCUUGACCGCGGGGAGUGAAAUGUUAAGCAGGGCGGAGUAAACUGGGCUGGAGUGCGUCCGCCACGCUGGUGUGGGGAGUGACUGUGUCCUGUCAGCCUCUGGUUAGUGUUCUGUUCUAAUCUGCUGGGCUCCCUUUGUGAACCUGUGGACGGUGCCAUGUGAGAAACAAACGCUUCGGUAAAAAAAAUGAAGGAAAAAAAAAGAUGUUUGACUUAAUAUGUUAUUUUAAUUUACCUUUCUAUUUCUGUUUGUUUGUCUGUUUUUGUUAUCCAAGGGUUUAAAGUUCAAAGCUCAUACUCUUAUGCGGGGACCUGCCAAACCGCACUCCUUUUUAAAUGUGAUGAUAAGUCUUUCCGUUGGUCCGAACCAUGUGUGCCAAAUUGUAUGUAUAUUCUUCUGUCAAUGCUUUGAAUAUUAACUGCAUAAAAAAUAUGAAGACAAUUCUGUUUUUUGGAUGCAUUUUCCGUCAACCUUGAAGAAAAGUGAAAAAUACAAAAGAGUUGUCA